AUGUUCAAGGAGCACGAAGGAUGCUGGCAGUUGAGGAAGAGAGGCAGCGUGGGAGAAAGCAUCAUCCAUCUAGCCGUUUUGUACUCCAAGUCUUCACACAUCUACAAAGAAAUCACAAAAGUUCUUCUCAACAUUUUUCCCAAACUGGCUCUCGAUUUGUACGAAGGAGAAGAAUAUUACGGUAUGUCUGGUUUGCACAUAGCAAUAGUCAAUGGAGAUUUAGAGCUGGUCAAAUUGUUUGUUGAGAAGGGGAGUGACAUUAGCCAGAGAGCUACCGGCAAAUUUUUCUUACCAGAUGAUCAAAAAAAUGGACCAUCAACCGAAUCAACAAAUUAUUAUGGACGAGCUUACUAUGGAGAAUAUCCGUUGGCGUUUGCGGCUUGCUUUGGUUAUGAAAGCAUUUACGAUUACUUGAUGGAGCAGGGAGCAGACCCUGACCAAGCAGACUCAUUUGGAAAUACUGUACUUCACAUGAUGGUCAUCUGCAAUCAAACGGCAAUGUUAUCGGCAGCCAUGAGACACCAGUUCAAAAGACCUAACUUAUGUUUGGCUAACCAACAAAACCUUACCCCAUUAACACUAGCUAGUAAACUGGGAAGAAUGGAAAUUUUCAGCGAAAUUAUUGAACUGCAAAGUUAUGAAAUAUGGCGUUACAGCAACAUCACGUGCUCAGUCCAUCCUCUUGGACCACUGGACACGAUUGGUCAAAACGGAGCUUUCAACCCAAACGCAGCUUUAGUUUAUAUAACGAACGGGGUGAGUGAAAACCACCUGGAGAUGUUGGACGAUGGAAUCAUUAAGCAGUUGCUCCUCGACAAGUGGAAAAAUUUUGCAAAGAGAAGAUUUUUGGAACGAGUGCUGCUUGCUGUCUUCCACUUGUUGGUUCUCAGCGUGGCCAUUUAUUUGAGAGAUGAUGUCGUCUUCGUCGAUUACAUCUUUCCACCCAACGUUACGGAUAUAAUUCGAUAUUUUGCCGAAGUCGUAGUGCUGGCUUAUUGCUUAGUAACGGUUGUGAUACAAGUUUUUGAAAUGAAAACGCAAGGGUUGUCUGCUUAUGUCCAGAGAGAGACUCCAGCGAAAUGUGUAUUCAACGUGUCUUGCGUCUUCAUCAUAAUCUGUCUGCCUGUCAGGUGCCUUCAUUACCAAACAGCUGAAAAAAUUCUUCUUGCCUUGGCGGCACCAUGUGCUUGGGCAAAUCUUCUCUUUUACGCCAGGCUAGAUAUAUUUUUUUGCUUUUUUAUCGGGGUCUUCGUUGUGGUAUUUUACCAGAUGCUCCGCGGAGAUUUAGCGAGAUUUGGCAUCAUAUACAUAAUAUUCUUCAUCGGGUUCGGGCAAUCAUUUUCCUUCCUAUUCAAAACGACGAAACCAGCCACUCCGGACUGCAAAGCGAGUCAACUGCCUUUCGAAACUAUCGGAGGAACAAUAAUGAAGUUAUUCGAAAUGACUCUUGGUGAUUAUCAGUACGAAUCGUUUUCAAGAACGGCGAAUCCAAUACUGACAAAAUUGAUUUUCAUACUUUUUGCCAUCAUGGUGCCGAUCUUGUUGUUGAGCAUGCUCAUAGCCAUGUUCGUCCACACGUACGAACAGAUCAUUAAACGAUCUGAAAAGGAGUGGAAACGUCAGUGGGCCAAGAUCAUACUUGUUUUGGAAAGAACCUUCUCUCCCAAGCAGUUGGUACACUUUCAAGAAAAUUAUUCAGUCUGCAUAGGAGGAAACACAAACCCCAUACGGGGCUUGAUGGUUAUCAAAAACACUUUUAAAACGAAAGCGAGACAGAGAAAAGAUGCUCUUGCAAAUUGGAAGGUUAGGUUUUUACGAAAAUUAUUUUUUAAAUUUUUAAAAUAUUUUAUAAAUGUUUCUAAAGAAACUGUACAAAAUGGUAAAAAGAAGGUUAGUUUUCACUCGACCCUUACUUGCUGGGCAAGAAAAUUUAAAUAA